AUGGAGUGUGGGAAAGACUGUAAGUUCGGAUUCAUUGAUGCGACCAUUCAGCGUCGGCAUAUCCCCGGGCCUUGGUUUGCCGCCUUUUCUUCAGUAUUCCUGUAUCUGAUAUGCUAUAUCGGCAUUGAAGGUCGCAUCACAAGAUACUAUCAUAACAAAUUCCAAACCCGGGUAUUGCGUAUUGGCCCCAACGCUCUGUCCAUCUCUGACGGCAGCGCGAUCCGCGCCAUCUACGUGUCAUCUGGCGGAUUUCCCAAAGAUGUCAGAUACAAAAACUUCAAUUUGGGUCCAAUCGAGACGAUAUUCUCUACCAUCGAUACAUCCUAUCGGGAUGUGCGCGCGAAAGCGGUUUCCCCUCUUUUCUCACCUGCAGAGAUUAGAGGCGAAAGUCAACCCGAAGGCUCCAUCGGGCGUCAUGUACAAGAAUUUGUUACCCAGCUCAAAGAACUCCACCAUGCAAAGAUCAGAACAGAUCUACUGGACCUUUGCGCAAAGCUAUCUAUCGACGUCGUAUCUAAUUAUCUGCUCGGCCUACCGUACGGCGGUUUAACUGAGCACGCCCAUUUGAGCCUGACAGAUCGACAGACGGACGAAGCAAAGCUAAGCGCAAAUGCCUUUGUUCACGCCAUCGUAGGCUUUGCUCGCUUCUCUUUAUUGCCCAAUUGGAUUUUCAAAAAUGUCUAUUCCAUAUCACAGCGCCUUGCUCGAGACGAGAAAGUCGACAAAUCGUUUGCAAAGAUUGCGGAGUUUAUCGAUAGAGUCAUGGCCAAGACGAAAACAUCUUAUAGCGCAGGCACUUUACAAAGAAAAAGGUUCCUCUAUCAGGACCGUUUGCUCGCAGCUGGAGUCUCAUUCACGGAAACAGCAGCCCAAAGCAAAGCUAUCUUAUUCGCAGGUGCUGACUCCACCGCCGUUGCAUUGGCUACCACUCUAUUCCAUCUUACCAAAAAUGAAAAUGCGCGCCAUCGCCUGUUAUGCGAAGUUCGUUCAGCUACCUCAAGCAAUAACAAGGAGCAGAAUGAGCUUAGUUUCUUACGGGCAUGCAUUAAAGAAGGUCUGAGACUCUGCAUGGCCAAUCCGACUAGACUCACACGCAUUGUGCCCAACACAGCGACGCUUGUAGUUGAUGGUUUUCAAAUACCUGCUGGUUCUGUAGUGGGCUGUGCAGCUUCUGUUCUACAUUACGAUCCCGAUAUUUUCCCGCAUCCGUUUGAAUUCAGACCGGAAAGAUGGAUGAAGGAAGACUCCAGCGAUGGACUUCGUCGUCCAGACAUGGAUAAAAAUUUGAUGGCUUUCGGGCAAGGUCUCAGGGCUUGUCUUGGAAAGAAUCUAGCCCUUCAUCAGCUCCACCUAGCCGUCGCGGCUAUCUCUACUUGA